AUGAAGGACUCACAUCAUGAGGAUCAAGUCGAAGACAUCGAAGACACCGAAAAGAGUGCAUUCCAUGAGGAAAUCCUAAACUCUUUCAAUCCGGAUGAGCAGAAGGAAAUCAUCCGACGAGUCGAUAUUCGCUUGGUUGUUACUGUGGGAUGUUUAUUCAUUGUCAGUCUUUUGGAUCGAACAAAUCUCGGAGCUGCUUCGGUUGCAGGAAUGCAGAAAGAGCUGGAUAUGAACGCAUCCAACAAUGGCUACAGUAUCACUUCAUUGGUAUUCUUCGUCACAUACACCGUCUUCCAGAUCCCUGCCACAGUCAUUAUUCGCAAACUUGGGCCCCGAAUCUUCCUCGCGGGCAUUGUUACUCUCUGGGGAGCCGUCAUGAUUGGCUUCGGCUUUGUCAAGAACUGGGAAUCCAUGGCUGGCUUACGAGCAAUCCUCGGUGGCCUAGAGGCUGGACUGUUCCCCGGCAGCGUCUAUCUCCUUAGUACUUGGUACCCCCGCUACGAGCUACAAAAGCGCAACGCUGCGUUCUUCCUUAUUGGAAGCGUGGCCUCCGGUUUUGGCGGUAUAUUAGCCUACGGGUUAUCGCAGAUGGAUGGGCUAGGCGGGAUCUCCGGUUGGCGGUGGAUUUUCAUUAUAGAAGGCCUUCUUACGUGUGUCCUAGGCCUUGGCUCCUACAUUUUGCUGGUCGACUUCCCGGAAAAAGCACCGAAGUCCUGGAAAUUCCUCAACCAAACCGAAGCCUCAUUUAUUAUUACCACAAUCGAACGUGAUAGAGCAGAUACCACCGUGGAGCCUUUCUCUAUUCGGAAAUAUCUAGCAAAUGGCAAAGACAGUAAGGUCUGGGCAUAUGCGAUCUUGUAUAUGUUAGCUACUAUGCCUAGCUACGCGAUUGCAUACUUUCUUCCGAUAAUUCUGCAAGAUAGCAUGCACUUCCCCGUGGUGAAGGCGCAAUGUCUUGUUGCACCACCCUAUGCUUUUGCGGGUGUGGUGAUGUACACGCAGGCAGUAUACUCGGAUAAAUGGCGUCUGCGGGGACCCAUUAUUAUUGGAAACGCGCUGGUGGCGAUUCUUGGCCUAGCACUGCUAGGUUUUCUUAAGGAUCCGGCCCCCGCAACUGCAAAUUGCCCUGCGCUGGUAUCUUGGCAAAGCAACAACAUCCGUGGCCAAUGGAAACGAGCCUUUACGUCUGCGACAUCGAUCGGUGGAGGCAGUAUUGGAGGCAUCAUUGCGACAACAGUGUUCCGCGCUCAAGAUGCUCCUGAUUACAUACCAGGUCUAAUCGCCGCUAUAUUGGCCAAUGGUUUGAUUGUCGUAUUUGCGUGCCUACUCACACUCAAGUUCAAUCGGGCAAACAAGCGAGUCGAUGCUGGAGGAAAGCCGAUUGAGGGACAGAUUGGGUUCAAGUAUACAUAUUGA